ACGCAUGGACGAGCUAGGAGACUGGAUGAUUACUCUCGUAGCCCUCGUUAUGAGGCUGAUGGGGAUCGAGGUGACUCUCGCGGCCGGUGGGAGACAGAUCAGGGUCGGCGAGACGGAUACAGGGACGAUAGAUAUGAGAGAUCGGACCGAGAUGGAUACAAGGACGGCAGAUAUGAGAGAUCGGACCGAGAUGGAUAUAGGGACGAUAGAUAUGAGAGGUCGGAUCGAGAUGGAUACAGGGGUGGCAGAUAUGAGAGAGGAGAUUGAGACGGAGACCGGCGGGAUGACUCGCGCGGACGGUAUGACCGCGGAGGAUUCGCAAGGGCACAACGCAACGAUUCGCGGGGGUGGUACGACCGAGGAGAUCGACGCGAUGAGUCACGCAGGCGAUACGACCAUGGAGACCGUCGAAAUGACUCACGGGGACGAUAUGAGCAAGGAGGAUCUGGAGAAGACUUCCACAAUGAUUCGCGUGGGAGGAAUGAGAGAGGGGGAUACGGCGCGUCAUCCGAUCCAUCGCAUGACGACAGUUCUUCUUGAUGAGAUGGAAGGUGUGCCUCCAGACAAGUUUUACAUACUUGGUAGUGGGACCGUGGAGGCGAUCCUAAACGACGAAGCGGUAUUAGAUGCUGUGAUCGAUAACGGCAGUGAGACUGUCAUUAUAGACGAGGAUCUGGCAGAGCAAGUUGGACUGGUCAGAGCUGCAGUUCUUGAAACGGCUGAUGGGAGAAAGCAACAGAUCACAGGAGUUUGUCACAAGGCAGCCGUAGAAGUCCAAGGGGUACGAGUGACUCUGCCAGUCUUUGCAGUCAAGAACUGCAGCUCUGACCUGCUCUUCGGACGGACGUGGUUGAGCCACGUGCAUGCGGUGACGAUAGAGCGACCGGACGGGAGCCAGACACUGUCCAUUAAGAAGCUAGAUGAGACGCGGGUUAUGAUAGAGACGGUGGAGCCUCGAGACCCGAAGAACAGAGCAGCUCUCGCUGUAGGAGCGGGACUCAGUGAUCGGAUUAAGUCAUUACCUAUCUCCGGCCGCGCGAAGCGAUUUCGCGAGAAGAAGUAUGGAUCUUUGCUCACAGAACAAGAAGGCAGGAUUGUAGAAGUGGAGGAUUUAGGGAGUCGGCUGAUAGUGGACGGCAACUCGAAUCCAAAGGAGGCAGAUGAGGAAUUUGGCGGCGUGGUAUCUAAGGAGAAGGAAAAGGUUAUCGCUUUCCUGAAAGAAAAGAUGGCUUCUCAUGUUGCAGAGCCAUUUGACAGCGCUCAUGCUAAUCAAUGGUUCUUCCUACGAAAGUCAAAUGGCAAGAUCAGGUGGAUCCAGGACCUUCAGAAGGUCAACGCGGUAACGAUUCGAGACGUAGGCUCUGUGCCUCGCGCCGACUUACUGGCUGAAGGCACCGCGGGCAGGUCGAUUUAUUCGGUCUGCGAUCUGUUCUCAGGCUAUGAUGAGGUACCGCUUGAUCCCAGGGACAAGCACCUCACGGCUAUGCACACGUCAUUGAGACUAAUACAAAUGAUGGUCGUCCCUAUGGGUUGGACCAAUGGGGUGGCCGUAUUUCAGAGAGUCAUGGUAGUCGUCCUCAAGGACUUUAUUCCUGACAAGGUAGAAGUUUUUCUGGAUGACCUUCUUAUAAAAGAACCAAUAAAAAAAGAUGAGAUAGAGGUCGUGCUAGGAGUUAGAAGAUUCGUUGAACAACACCUAACCGAUAUUUGUGCGAUACUUGAGCAGCUGGACGACGCAAAUUUGACGGUCAGCGGAACGAAGAGUCGGUGGGUCGUCUCGACUAUUAAGAUCUUAGGCUUUAUCUGCGACUCGAGAGGACGCCGAGCGGAUCCUGCAAAGCUAAACAAACUCCUAAAUUGGUCGUCGUCGUUGCAUAGCGCUACCGAGGUCCGUCAAUUUCUGGGAGUGGUCGGUUACUGGCGGAUUUUCAUACGCAGGUAUGCGGAGAAGGCUGAACCAUUGAGGGUACUCCUUCGGAAGACUGAGAAAUUCUACUGGGAUUUCUCUCAGGAACUCGUUAUGCAAGAACUUAAAGACGAAUUUAAGGAGGGAGGACGUGUACUGGGCGUGCCGUUCUUUGAUGAUGAGGUCGGGAGGCCCUUCAUAGUAUCCACGGAUGCUGGACCUUGUUCAGUUGGAGGGCUGCUGUCUCAGAAGGACGCUGAAGGGACGGAAAAACCGUUAAGAUUUGAGAGUAGGACACUUAAUACGGCUGAGCGUAACUACAGUCAAUUCAAGAAGGAAGUGUUAGCUGUUAUGUGGUGUCUAGACACGUUCAGACACUAUAUCUACGGACGACGGUUCAUCUUAAGAGUAGAUCCCACAGCGAUCGCCUCUGUCCUCCAAAAGGACUUUAGUCUGAGGGACCCGACCAUCGCACGAUGGUUAAUACGGAUUCGGCUAUAUGAUUACACGGUUGAGAGAAUAUCUGGCGCUUAAAAUGUCAUCGAGGAUGGGCUUUCUCGGAUCCCUCUUGAGGCCGAGCGCCCGAUAGUAGCUGGAGCCCUGACAAUAGC